AACUGGCGUACAGCUGUGCCUGAGCCUGCCGUGGACGCAUUCCCAGCCGACUUCUACCAGAACAGCUCGGACAUGGCUGGCCAGGACAACCACCGCAACACAGACAUGCAUGCACCUGAUAUGGACAUGAAAAUGGAGGGACAGGAGUCCCAUGUGAUGGUGUCCGACAGUGAUGCCUCAGUGCAGGAGGGGGGGAACGGCAGGCAGAGACCCGCAAGUGCCCCUGGGAGAAGCCUGGAGUCAACUGAACCUGUGAAAGUUCCCAAUCCGGCCAAGCGGGUCCCAGAAGGUGCGGCGUCCAUGCACCCCGUGAUGGUGCUGCACCAGAUGAAGCCUGGCCUGCUGUACAACACUAACCAGACCACCAGGGAUAACAAGUCUUUCUUCACCGUCACCGCCGACAUCGAUGGCAAGGAGUUCUCAGGCAAGGGGACAAAUGUGAAGAAAGCCAAGUUCUUCCUGGCCAACACAGCAAUACUGGGACUGUACGGGGUAGAAUCCACCUUUGAGAUCUCCGCUUAAUGGAAGUAGUAUCUGCCUGGGUACUGGCGGCGGUGUGCGGGGCAGGCGGUCCCUCGCACACGUGGCUGUAGAGUCUGCUACGCGAUAAUGACAAAGUAGAUAGGUAGCUACAUAGUAUUUUAACCUGAAGUCCUGUCUGUGAGUGUUGUCUUGUAUGUUGCUGCUUGCUGAAGGCAGGGAAUGUACUGAACUGGAGGGGCAGGGCCUGAGUGGCUUACAAAACUCCUGUGGAAGGGAAGUGAUGGUCUGUGCUAAAUGUUGCAGUCUGACGAGUGACGUGGAAUUCAAUUUUUCCACGUGUAAAUUCUUCCAGUCCAGUGUUUACCUUUAUUUUGUUCCAGCUCUGUUACUUAGUGCCAGAGUUAGAAGACUGACAUUUAAUGGAAUUCUUAUUUAUGAUUUUGACGUACUUUCUUUUCCCAUUUAUUUACUUAGCCCAUGAAGUGUGGGUGCUCCUUGUAAAUGGUCGGUGCUGAGCCUGCCAUGAAUGCAAAUGAAAUGCAGCUGAUUGUGAAAGACAGGCACAGGAGAAGGGGUCAGUCACUCAUUCCUGCUUGUGUCAGAUCACUCAUCUAGUGUUCUGCUGUGGAGUGGAGUGGGUGAUGAGAGGGCUGUGGUGAUGGGACAGUGACAGACAAGCCCUACUUACUGAAAACAAAAGUGUGCGAACUCAUCACAUCAACACUUAUUUAGCUUCCUGACAAAAAUGGCAUCCAGUUUCAGAUGUUUAAGGUAUUUAACUCAUCUAUUUAUUUAAAGGUACCCACUCUUUAUGGGUUAAAUGAAAGCUGUACUCUAGUUUAGCAGUCAGUCUCACCACUUGGUUUAAUGUGAGCAGGUAAGGAAGCCCUAGAACCUGGCCCUUGGUUAGGUUCUGGUGACUUCUGGCUGGAAUCUCAGUACCUUAAUUUCUCUUCUGGUUGAAACUUUCUCCUCAAACACAACUGGCUGGAGCUGAGUCCUGGGAUGGUCAGCUGUUUAAAUAUUACUACACAAAAUGUUAUGAGUUUGAAUACAUAAUGAAAAUUUCUUGAAUGUGUAUGUAUGUAAAGGUUAUAAAAGCAAGUAUUUUUUUCUUUUUCAAUUUUUGUAUAUAAUUGAGGUUAAGAUGAAUUUGAAACAUUGGUUGCAAUUUAUCAAGCUGGUGUUUUUGGUUUUGAAGGAAGUGUAAGUGCAAGAGGUAUGAAUUUGAAACAUUGAUUGCAAUUUAUCAAGCUGGUGUUUUUGGUUUUGAAGGAACUGUAAUUGUGCAAGAGGUAAUCAUUUGAUGAGAGUGGAAUUAAUGAAGCAGUUUACCACACCAGUAUUGUCAUUCCUGCUCCCUGUGUGUCCACCUUACCUCACACACCCUGACGUUUGCCUCAACGCCUUCAUUUAUCACCAAUGCAGUUAGGUAAAUUAUCACUUAUUACUAUUUUCUCAUAUGAAUUCAGAAACACUGUCAGCUUAUCAAAUAGUGUAUCUGUUAAUAUAACCUUUUGUAGGCAACUUGUCCUGUAACCACCUAUGACAUUUUAGGCUCUCAUUUUUGUACCAGCCUCUUCAACAGUUCUAUAGCUUAUGGAAAACUAAAUUAAUGUCCUAUUCUCUCAUUUCCUCUGUCCAUACCAGCAGUUCUCAUAGUACUCUCAAUGUUGAAGGAUGAUAGCAGUCCAAGGGCAGAGCUAGUGAGUUUCUUUGAGUCUCCCCAAUAAUUGUUUUCUUUUGUAGCUUGCGGUGAAGAGGAGGAUAAUAGCGGUAAUUAAAGGUUUAGUGAUUAUAUGAAAAAAGUAUUUUUAUAAGGCGUGUAUUCGUGGGAGUGAUUUAAAAGUCUUGAAACAUUUAUUAUAAAUAGUCUUUACUUAUUUCAACUGUAGUUUUCUCUAAUCAAUGGUAAUACGAAUAAUAGAAUUACAUCAUGUUGCGUCAGCCUACCAGUAACUCAUAAGGUAUCAUACCCUAGCUUAUAAAAUAUGUUAGUAAUUUAGAAUUCAAUUAUUAACUUCAACUAAUGUCCAGCCUAUAUGCUCACCUUGCUAGCCAAUUAUUCCUGCAUUUUUAUUUAAACUCACGGUUCAGUAAAAUUAUUUGUGAAAGAAGAGAGAGAGAGAGAACUAGCUAAGGUUCCAAUAACUUCAGAUGCCUGUGGGUGUUGAGGGAGAGAGCACAAAAUGGCGUCUCCCUUCCCUCUGGCAACAGGUGGGUCUCGUAGCUCUGAAAUAUUUGAUUUUUCUUUUAUUUAGAAGUGAAUAUUACUGUGUUCAUGUUUAUUAUUCAUGUCUCUAGUGAAGAUAUAGUGACUGUACGUGUUGACAGAAUGGCGUCUCCCUUCCCUCUGGCAACAGUGUUGCCACGGUGACGGUGGUGGUGGGCAUGACACAGAUGCGGGAGGUGGAGUUUGUGCCCGAUGGAGACAUGCAGCUGGACAAAUUGUGUUGGUCAUUGGUCAGACUGGAGUUUACAUGUGUACCUCCUUCACCAUCAUUGGUGGACACUUCACCUUGAGUGAUGCUUGAGCUGUCAUGGUGUUGCUGGUGCUGUGUGCCAUCAUCACCCUGACACAGACCACCCUGCAGACACCUUCAUCCUGGGUGCCACACGUCACUGCUGCUACAACUCAGAGCAACAAGAGCGCAAGCCAGGAAGGGAAAUUUUCACUUAAUUUGUUGUUUAUUUGAGGGCCUAAUGACAGACACAUAAUGGAAUGAGUGUUUGUGAAUGUUUGUUUAUAUCUAGAUACAGCAUUCACAUAUCUUAAGUGCCACCUUCCAAAAGCAAUGUCAGCCAGAAAAAUAACUGAUCAAUCUAAUUACAUUUCAGGUAACUUAUCUAAUUUCUAAUAAUUUCUAAUAUAAUUUCUGUUUUUUUUUUUUUUUUUUUUUUUUUUUUUUUUUUUUUUUUUUUUU